AUGUACUGGCCCGUUGGCACACCUCGAGUUUAUGCCACCAGCAGCAGCCAGACUGCCACUUUCAACCUCGUCGUAUCUCAUGAUGGCCUCCAGCCUCCUCCAGCUCCCUCUGAGGACACCACAGACAAGGCUGACAAGGCUUCCCUCCUGACCUCCGACUCAGCCUCGAGCUACGACAUCGUCCCUCCCACUCCCAUCACCCCCAUAACGCCUCAGACUCCUGGCAUCAACUCCGUAGAGCAUGAGUUGCUCGACUCUGCCUCGGAGGCCUCGACCAGCAAUGGCGCAGCUCCUGUUCCCGCGUCAAUUCCGCUCAAGGAGCCGAUCCUCGCGUUGCGGGUUGCGCGCACCGGUCACCUUUUCGCCGUCAUCACUGCGACUUCCAUGACCAUUUGGCAGGCCAAGCCCACAGUGAUACUUGCUGUUGUUGUGCGAUCCGAGACUUCCCUCGAUUCCUACGGCACCAACCUCGACCUCCUGCUCAGGCCUGACUCUGCCAUCUUCGUCGUGCGAACCAGUCGAGGCUUCCUCAUUACAUAUUCGCUAGCCACAGAUUCCGAGUCGCGAGUCUAUAAGCCCUACUUUACGAGUCAUACCAAUGUCCAGCGACGGCGCCAAAGCCACUGGGGUGGACCGGGGCACCACGCUCCCGAUCAGAUACUCUGGGGUGCGGGUGAAGGCCAGGGCGUGCGCGAUAUCAGUGUGCGAUUCCGUAUGGUCAUCAAGGUGGACGCUGGCAUAGUAAGCGCCCUUGCGCUCGACGACGAAGUGGUUGUGGCCACGCAAAAGCCAGCGGCGGUACAAUGCAUUCGGUGGAGUCCAGACAGCUCAGGUAGCCAGACGAGUACCGAGCUUCUGAGCAAGAUGGCCUGGCUCGGGAAGAAAGUCACUGUCACCGAGAUGACCAAUGACAGGUCGAUGAACCUGUCGACCUGGAUCACAAGCGACGGGAAGGCGUACGCCGUCCAGCGCACGCCCAAGGGCCAGCCCAACCCGGAGACUGGGGAGAUGGACCCGAAGCGGCUCUUCAAGGGGCACUGCUUUCACACGCCGCAAGAAAAGUUCGACCGUGGAACACAUGCUGUCAUAAAUGCGCGGUUCUCGCUCAUAGCACUCGGAUGCGAAGAUGGGGCCAUUAGGGUCUAUACGGUCAGAGAUUACUCCGGCAACGUCCCUUCGUCCCACAUUCACAGACUGUCGGUAUCGGAAUCUCACUCCGGCUCAUUGACUACGUUGAGCUACUCUCCUGACGGCUACUGUCUGUUCGCAGGCUACGAGAAGGGGUGGGCAACGUGGAGUGUGUACGGGAAGCCCUUGAGCAGCAGUUUUGGGGUCGAUCAGCAUCUCGUGUCCAGCCACGAUGAGCACUGGAUCUCAGGCAUCAAAGAUGCUUCGUGGCUCGGGGGCGGCUCAGAGAUCCUGCUGGUCGGACAACAACAUGAGGCACUCUGGCUGCUGGAAAUGGCGAGAAGCGCUGUCACAGGAUGCUACAGCUCCUCAAAUAUUUUCCGAACGGUCCUGCAGAGCACGUCAAGCGUCAUGAUCUACAGGGGAUAUGAUCUCCCAGAUAUGAGCACCAUCUCAGCGGAGCCUUUCCUCUGGCACACGGCCAGGAUACCCGCAAACUAUCUAUUGAACCAGUGGCCAAUACGAUGUACGGUCAUCUCUUCAGAUGGGCGCUAUUUGGCUGUUGCUGGCCGUCGUGGCCUUGCUCACUACAGCGUCAACAGCGGCCGAUGGAAGACUUUCUCCAAUACGGAAAUGGAGAACGAGUUUCAAGUCAGAGGCGGCAUGUGCUGGUACCAAAACGUCUUGGUGGCUGCUGUAGAGGUCCAAAAGUCUUACGAAUUACGUCUUUUCUCGAGAGAGAAGGAUCUCGACAACGCGUCUAUCGUCUACGUCCACUCCAUGCCCGCACCAGUCGUCCUUCUUACGCCUUCUGGAGAGGACUCAUUACUGGUUUAUACCUAUGACAACCUCCUCUACCACUUCAUUUUCGCGCCUUUCGGAAACUCUGUUAGGCUCGUGCAAGUUGGCCAGAUUGCCUUCCACGGUAUUGUCAGGUCACCUGCCAGAGUACGGGGCCUGAGCUGGAUUCUACCAGAAAAUCAACUCGUCGAAGGCGACCCAUCACAGGAUGUUGCCGUUGCUUCAGUGCUGUUUUUGGUGGACGGCAAGCUUGUGUUGCUGCGACCGUCCCUAAAUGACGAAGGCCAGCUCAAAUACGAUAUGCGAGUCAUCGCGCAGAACGUUGAGUACUACGUGUCCAUGAAAGACCAACCUUUUCUAAGUCCAAUUGGUCCUCCUCGCACCAAUAUCCCAGCAGAGGCCGAGAACGAGGACCUGUUCAACUCUCUUUGGAUGUUCGAUGGUGGGGAUCUGAAGACCUGGUCAGAUAUGCAAAAAGUUUUGAAUGCGAUAGCGGGCGACAACCACCGCGAGGUCCCUCCAGCUGUGGCCAUAUCCGUCGACUUCUAUCCAUUAUCCGUUCUGCUCGAGAAAGCCAUCAUUCUCGGUGUCGAGCCAGAUCUGGUCCAGAGGAGAGACAUCAACUUUUCAUUCUUCCGCUUCGCGAUACGGACAAACCUUUUCCUGCCCGAAAUCCUCCGGUACCACCUCGUCGCUGGAAAGUCCCUGGCAGCCCUUUACCUCGCUCAACAAUACCAACACCUGGAGUACUUUGCCCACGCGCUCGAGGUCCUCCUCCACCACGUCCUCGAUGACGAAGUGGACAUGUCGCCCUCGCCCCCUCCCGAGAGCGCAAUCCUUCCUCGCGUCCUGUCGCUGCUGUCGUCCUUCAAGGAGUAUCUGGACAUUGUAGUGCAGUGCACCCGCAAGACUGAGGUCCGCUCCUGGCGCACAUUAUUUGAUUAUCUGCCACCGCCGCAAGAGCUUUUCGAGGAGAGCCUUCAGCGCGGGAGUCUCAAGACCGCUGGUGGGUAUUUGCUCAUCUUACACACAUUUGACGAGUUGUCCUCUGCAUCAGAGCAGAGCGUCAGGCUGCUGAGCAGGGCGAUGAGAGAGGAAGACUGGGAGCUAUGCAAAGAACUGGCGCGAUUCCUGGCCGCGCUGGAUGAGACGGGUGAUACGCUCCGCGAGGCGCUGGAAAUGGCCAACGUCAGGAUCGCAACCGGAAAUAGAGAGGGCGAGGAAGGCAUUGGCGGCUCGCUUGUCGCGCGGCUGGAGGUCCCUCAGAGGAAGAUGCUCAACGAUUCAGGUUCUGGGUCGGGAGCGUCUAGUAAGACCGGCAGUAUCGGCAGUGGAAAUGGUGGAAGCCCACGUGGGGACUCGUCGGACGCGAGCGCGAGCGCGAGCGUUAGUGGGGAGAGCGAUGCUGGGACGGCGAGAUGA